AUGGUUGUCUUCAGCAAGCUCGCGACAGCCGUCCUUGGCCUCGCUGCUGUCGCGAAUGCGGCACCCACAGCCACUCCCCGCCAGGGCUUCACUGUCAACCAGCUCUCAAGACAGGCACCGAAGCGCAGCAUUAACCUUCCGGGUAUCUACGCCAAUGCCUUGACCAAAUACGGCGCCACCGUCCCUACCCAUGUGCGCGAUGCCGCAGUCCACGGCAGUGCUGUCACCACACCCGAGGCAGAGGACCUUGAGUAUCUGACUCCUGUCAACGUCGGAGGAACAGUUUUGAAUCUCGACUUUGACACUGGCUCUGCAGAUCUAUGGGUUUUCUCUGAAGAGCUCCCGUCGGCUCAACAGAGCGGCCACAGCGUCUACCAUCCCUCCGAUAACGCCACCAAGAUGUCGGGAUACAGCUGGUCGAUCUCAUAUGGCGACGGUAGUAAUGCUAGAGGAGAUGUAUACAGGGAUACCGUUAGUAUUGGUGGUAUCACCGCGCGUAGUCAAGCAGUUGAAGCUGCACAACACAUCAGCCGGCAAUUCCUGCAAGAUCAGAACAAUGACGGUCUUCUGGGCCUUGCUUUUAGCUCCAUCAACACUGUGUCUCCCAGAGCCCAGACCACCUGGUUCGAUACUGUCAAGUCCCAGCUCGACGCUCCCCUGUUUGCGGUGACCCUGAAGCACCAGGCUCCUGGAUCCUACGAUUUCGGCUUUAUCGACCAGUCCAAAUUCAAGGGUGACCUGACCUACACCCGCAUUGACAGCUCCGAGGGAUUCUGGAUGUUCCCCGCCACUGCUGGCACUGCUCAGUUCAACGCUAUCGCUGACACCGGCACAACCCUUAUCAUGAUUGACAGCACCAUUGCCGAGACAUACUACUCGCAAGUCGGCGGUGCACAGGAAAGCUACCUCUACGGUGGCUGGGUCUUUCCCUGCUCCGCUCACGUCCCGUCCUUUACCAUCACAAUCAAUGGCUAUGAUGCUGUCGUCCCAGGCGACCACAUCAACUACGCUCCCGUUGCCCAGGGCUCCAACACCUGCUUUGGUGGUAUCCAGGGUAACCAGGGCCUGAGCUUUUCGAUCCUGGGGGAUGUCUUCCUCAAGAGCCAGUACAUUGUUUUCGAUUCUCAUGGACCGCGCCUGGGAAUCGCGCCUCAGGCUUGA